CUAGGGUGAGAACAUUACUAAGCACACACUGCUCGUUUCCUUUUGCAUUUUCUUUCUGUUUGGAUUUUCUCGGGAAAAUUUUUGCAUCUGGAGAAGGAGAUGGCUAGGUCUGCAAAAGGGCAUCAAGAAGAAUUGGGGGACGACGACGACGACGAAGAGCUCUUAACUGGAAACAGCUCUUCCUCACUCAACAAAGUGAAGGUGGAUGAACCUAGCAGGGGGAAGAGGGGGAACCCACAUCGUUCAAAGCAUUCAGAGACUGAGCAACGUAGAAGGAGCAAGAUUAACGAAAGAUUUCAGAUUCUGAGAGAUAUCAUACCUCAAAAUGAUCAAAAAAGAGAUAAGGCCUCCUUCUUGUUGGAGGUUAUUGAGUAUAUUCAGUUCCUGCAAGAAAAAUUACAAAUUUAUGAACAGUCUUAUGAAGGGUGGAAUCAGGAGCCAACGAAAUUGAUUCCAUGGAGGAAUCAUCAUGGGCUUGCUGAAAAUAACACAGAUCCUUCUCAAGCUAUACAAAAUGGGUCUGUUCAUGAGAAAAAUAAUGAUGUCUCUCCAUCAUUAAUAAAAAAUGUACAGAACCCAUUAGAGUCUGACUUCUCCACAACAACUAUUCAGAAGGGCACCAUACCUGGUUCAGCUACAGAAGCAGUUCCCCUGACCAUGCAAAUGCGAUUGGACAUGUUUGACCCAGUAGUUAGCAGUGGUAUGGUAACCCAACAUCUGCAGGAACCUGUAUCUAAUGCUGACAUGCCGUCCCAUACCCAGCCUCAAAUGUGGUUUAGUAAACCAGAUAAGGUAAACUAUACUGUUCCAGAUAAUACAUUGAAGGAACAGGAGGAGCUGACAAUUGAAAGUGGAUCAGAGAGCAUCUCAAGUGCCUAUUCUCAGGGAAUAUUAGAUACUCUGACGCAAGCGCUGCAAUCUUCCGGUGUGGAUUUGUCCCGGACUAGUGUCUCGGUGCAAAUUGAUGUUGGUAGACGAGCAAAUACUGGGUUGACCCCCUCAAAGGGUCAUGAAAACCAAUUUGUGAGCAAUAAAGCAAUUCCAUGUUCAGGAGUUGAUUACUGCAGUGAGGAUUCUGAGCAAAGUCUGAAGAGGCUUAGAAGAGAAGCGAGCUAGUGUUCAUUUUGUUAAAUUUUUUUUUUUUUUUUUGCUCAUCAGCUGAGAGAAAUUGGAUGGGUCAGUCAGGUCAUUUUUGUCAUGCUGGUUAGAUCCAGAUAAAAUGUAUAUUUUCAUGAUUCUGGUUUUGAAACUAGGACACUCUGAAAUAAAAUG